UCUCUCUCUCCCUCUGUAUUUCUCUGUCUCCCUUAUUCAAGCACCAAACAUGUCUGAUUCUAAUUCUACUGCUACCUCUUCUUCUGCUUCUCCUAUAUGGUUAUAUUCUUACACCAAGCUUCGGUUUUUCAAUCGAAUCCGACGCUUCCUGCGCUCCAAAAACGCCCGCAAGCGCCCCACGCCGUCUGAUCACUUCGACACAUCGUCAUCAAGACCCGCCAAUGUUAUAAGCAAUAACAACGAAGCAACAAUGGCAGGGCAAGUUUUGGAGAAGCAGAGUGGCGAUGAUCAUGAGGAUGAUGUGUUGGGGUUGCAGAGAGCGGUGAAGAAGCUUCACUUUGGAGUUUGUUGGGAAGAGAGGGAGUUGGCGGCUAUGGAGGUUGGGACGUUGGCUAAAGAAGAUGUCAAGGUCAGGAAGUUGGUCGGUGGGCUUGGUGUUAUACCGGUUUUGGUGUCCAUGGCGGCUUCCGAGGUAGUUGCCCGGCGACGAGCGGCGGUGUCCGCCUUGAUUGAGCUUGCUAAUGGAACUUACACGAACAAGGCUCUCAUGGCGGAGGCAGGAAUAUUCUCCAAGCUACCAAAAGACAUCAACAUUCUUGAUGAGCCAACAAGGCACCAAUUUGCAGAGCUGCUCUUCUUGUUGUCCUCACUUGCAAAUACCCAAUUUCCUCUGUCCUCUUUAGAAACUCUCCCAUUUCUCGUUGGCAUUAUUGAGUCAGGAACUUCAAGCAUUGAAACCAAAGAGACGUGUUUGGGUGCUUUGUACAACCUCUCCACCAUUCUGGACAAUGCAGGCAAUUUGGUCUCCAAUGGGGUGGUGGAGGCUCUGUUGAAUUUGUCCUCCAUCAAAGAGCUUUCUGAGAAAGCUCUAGCCACAUUGGGGAAUUUGGUUGUGACCCUAAUGGGAAAGAAGGCUAUGGAGAAUAGCGCAGCGGUGCCGGAGAGCUUGAUAGAGAUUUUGACAUGGGAGGACAAACCCAAAUGCCAGGAGCUGUCUUCCUACAUUCUAAUGAUUUUAGCUCAUCAAAGCUCAGAUCAAAGAGUUAAAAUGGCCGACUCAGGAAUUGUGCCUAUACUUCUUGAAGUGGCCUUAUUGGGGAGCUCUUUAGCUCAGAAGAGAGCACUAAAACUAUUGCAAUGGUUCAAGGAUGAGAGGCAAGCCAAAAUGGGCCCACAUUCUGGGCCCCAGACAGCAAGAUUUGCAAUUGGGUCCCCACUUGGCUCACCUGUAAACCCAAGAGAGGCUCAACAAGGGAAGAAAAUGAUGAAGAAUUUGGUGAAGCAGAGUCUUUACAAGAACAUGGAAAUGAUAACAAGGAGGGCCAGUGCUUCUGGGGACUCAUCUAAGCUCAAGUCUCUGAUUAUCAGCACAAGCUCUAAGAGUUUGCCUUACUAAUUCAAAGACACAAGUGAAAACAAUUAAAAAUUUUGCAUUUUGUUGUGCAUAUAGCUUUAUGACAAUUGUACAUCUGAUCUGAACAAAUCUUAUCCAGAUGGGUAACCAAUGAACCCUUGCAUGGGGCACAAAGGAAUGUAGUGGCUAGUUUUUAUUAUUAUUAUUUAUUUAUAAAUUUUAUUCCUUUGUUUCAA